AUGUCGAGCGACGAGAGCGACUACAGCAGCAGCGACGACGAGACCGAGAAGGCCUUCUUCAAGCCCAAGCCCAAGCAGGUCAAGGAGGCCGUGCUAGCGGCCUCGGACUCGGAGGGCAGCGACUCGGACGACGACGACGAUGACAACGCCGCCGCCGUCCCGGACGCCGAGAGCGCUGCGCAGGACGAUCAUACAAGCGAUAUCAAGCAAGCUGCGAAAGAGAAGACCAAGGCCACGGUGUACGUCGAGGGCAUCUCGUACGACGCCGACGAGAGCUCGCUCGUGUCGCACUUUUCGGCUUGCGGCGCCGUCAAGGAAGUGCGCAUGCCCCGGUAUCAGGACUCGGGCAAGCCGCGCGGGUAUGCACACAUCGUGUUUGACUCGGACAAGGCCGCCAAGAAGGCGCUGGCCAUGGACGGCCAGUACAUGAUGAAGCGCUAUUUAAGCGUCCGCCCCGCCGAGACGCCUCGCACCCUCGAAGCGGUGCUGACCAAGUCCAAGUCGACCAAGGCCAUCAAGGGCUGCCGAACGGUCUUUGUCAAGCAGCUGCCGUACGAGAUCACGGACGCCGAAGUCAAGGAAGCCUUCGAAUCCUGCGGCACGAUCAUCAGCGUGCGCCUCCCCGUGUGGAACCACACGAAAAAUUCCAAGGGGUUUGGGUACGUUGAGUUUGAGACCGAAGCCGAAGCCGUCGCCGCCACGAAGAAGAGUGGCAUGAAGGUGCAGUCUUUUGCCGCCAUGUGA